AUGAUUCAAUUAAAGACGUUGCUCAACUGCAUCGACAACUCCGGCGCCGCAGUCGUCGAAUGCGUGAAUGUCUUGAAGAAGAAGCGGCCGGCCACAGUCGGUGACCGGAUAGUGGUUGUGGUUCAGAAACAGCGAAACUUCGGCCCCGAGAGCACGAACAACAGCGGCAUCGCGAACAAGGUCCGUCGCGGCGAUAUCCGGCACGCUGUCGUCGUUCGCGCAAAGAAGGAGAUGCAAAGACCAGAUGGGACAAUUGUCAAAUUCGAUGACAAUGCAUGUGUGCUGGUCAACAAGUCGGGUGAUCCCAUUGGAACCAGAAUGAACGGAGUUGUUGGUACAGAAUUACGAGGAAAGCAGUGGUCAAAAAUUCUGUCCUUGGCGCCUAUGCAUGUGUAAUAUACCAAUUUGGAAGCGAAUCGUUUUAUCAUCUCAAACAAAUACUUUGUACCAAUAGAAAUCCUUGAAGCAUUCGGUUCUUCUUAUCGCCAGAAAUGCCAUG